GCUAAUUUAUAGGUUAAGACUGAUUACUUUGGUAUUUUAAGUGGUAACUCGGUGAUUUAUAGGGUAUUUUGUUCAAUUGGACAUAUCAGUGGGGAAACUUAUUACAAUCUUUUCGAGGCUUAUCAGUUAAAUUGAUUGAUAUUGGUUUUAAUUGGAAAAUUAGAUUAAAAGAUGUCCAAAUCGUUUGUUCGUUCUAUAAAGAACGUUGCCAAUGGGUACUCUUCGGUCCAGGUGUCUGUUAGAAAUGCUACUUCGAAUGAUCCAACUGGACCAACUACUUAUGAUAUGGAAGAAAUUGCUUCUUAUACUUAUCAAUCUCAAACUGAUUUUUUGGAAAUUAUGGAUAUGUUGGAUCGCAGAUUGAAUGAUAAGGGUAAGAAUUGGCGCCACGUUGCUAAGUCCUUGACUGUGUUGGAUUAUCUUAUCAGAUUUGGUUCAGAAAAAUGUGUUCUCUGGUCAAAAGAUAAUUUAUACAUUAUUAAAACUUUAAGAGAAUUUAUACAUUUUGAUGAAAUGAAUAAUGAUCAAGGUGCUUUAAUUAGAGUUAAGGCUAAAGAAUUGGUGGCUUUAUUAAGAGAUGAUGAACGUCUAAAGCAUGAACGUGAAUUGGCUGCAAGAUCUCAAAAUGGUCAUUUAUCAAGAAAUGAAAGUCCUUCAAGACGUCAAAAUAGAUCUCGUAGAAAUACUGCAAGAUCAAGAAGUGAUCCUUACGAUGACGAUUUACAAAAAGCCUUGGAAUUAUCUAGAUUAACUGCAGAACAAGAAAAGGCUCAAAUACAACAACAACAACAACAAUCAGACCCCGAUUUAGAAGCUGCUUUGAAAUUAUCAAUGGAAGAAGAAGAAAUGAGAAAAUUAAGACAAGAACAAAAUAAUAAUCUUUUGGAUUUAGAUGAUUAUCCUCAACAGCAACAACAAUAUGCUCUUGUUCAACCUCAAUAUUAUAUGGCCACCGGGUUUGCUCAACAACCUCAACAAUUUCAACAACAGUACGAUAUGUUUGGUAACCCUAUACAGAAUCCAAUGGCAACUGGCCUCUAUCAACCUCAACAACAACCCCAGUUCACUCAACAACCUCAAUUUACUGGGUUCAACUAUGGGCAACAACCACAACAACAGCAACAACUACAGUCUCAACAAGUUCAAGCUCCUCAACAAGAAUUACAACCACUUAAAACCGGUUCAAAUAACCCAUUCGCUUUAAAUUCAUCUGCUUCUCCUGCUCCUCAACCUCAAGCCCAAUCUUUAAAUGAUUUAGCUAAUCAAGAAAGACAACUGCAACUGCAACCUUCUUUCUUCACUCAACCAUCUGCAUCUCAACCUCAACAACUGCAACUGCAACCUCUUAGUGCACAAUUGACUUCAUCUUCUAAGUUCAAUGACUCUACUCACGCUGACUUGAAUAACUUACUAGCUCAAGGUACAGGAAUUGAUACUUUUGGUAAUACCGGGGCUACUAGAAUUCCACAUCAACAUACUAAAACUCAAACCUUCAUCAAUUCAAGUGGUACUGGUUAUCAACAGAAGACUGGAGAUGAUAUCAGAUUAAGUUCGAACGCCACCGGUAAUCCAUUCUUGAAUACUGGUGUUGGCUAUCAAAACCAACAACCUCAACAACCUCAAAUUAACCCAGCGUACACUGGUUAUGGAUUUGGUAACGCUCAACCUCAGCAACAGCAGCAAAGACAGACGAACGAUGGCCCUAGCUUGAUAGAUAUUUAGCUCUUUUAUUGCUACUUUGUAUUUUUACAUUUUACCUUCGUAUUUUCUUUUUCUUCGAUUUGUCUUAACUUGUCAACUAAAAUCUCCCUUCUCUGUGAACUUCAAUUUUAUGUUCCUUUGUCAUUAUUAUAACUAUACUUUUAGUCGCUAUCAUAUUUGCUUUUAGUUUUAAUUCUAUCUUUCCUGCUUUGAUAAUAUUCUCCUUGAUCCUAUUAAAAAUACAAAAUUUAC